CUUGUAAACUUAAAUGAAGGCUUCUGAUUUCAACAAUGUGGGAAACUAUUUUAGCCGGAGUAAAGCAACCCUGAGAUUAUGCCGCGAAACAUGCGAAAGUAUGUCCACAUGCAGAGAUAUUUUGAAGGGUUCGAUGUUCAUGGAAGCAGGAAGCCUGAGCUGGGGGUGUGCGGAGGGGCUGCGGCUCGGAGCGCGCUGGUCAAAGUCGCAAUGCCAUGGCCGUGCCAGUGCCAUUUUAAAUUCAUAUUUACCCACAUCAUUUUUACCACGUUAAUAAUCCAUAUUCCCAUCCCAGAUGGUUAAUUAUUUGGACCCCCUCUGCACCACUACUCUUGCUACCUAGAUCCAUCUUUUUCUUUAUGAAAAACGCGCAUACGUGUGUAUUUCUGUGUCUCCCUGCAAUGCCAGCACGCGUGUGUGUGUGUAUGAAGCCACGGCGAGGGGGGGGCGGGUUGGUUUGGUCUUAUUUUCUGGGGUUUUUUUUUGCUAUCGCACUCUGGAGUCCGAGUGGCAAAGAAUAGCUUUUAUCUCUAUUCCCUCGUGGUGGUUAUUAAAGGCAAAGCGAGCACACCAGCGUCUUUCUUUAAACAAAAAAAUUAAAUAAAUAAAACCACAAAUAAUCCUCCCUCCCCCAAUAAUAUUUCAGGAGCAAAUCUAAGAAGGGAUAUUAGCCCCAGCUCUGCCCGUUUGGUGGCUUUUUCGAAACUCCUGACGUUUUGCAACAUUGCAUAAACAUAAAACAAUCCAUCCUUGAUAUGGAAUGCAAGGGCGGAUGACAGCGCAGCGCAGCCCCCUCGGCUGCGAUUGAUUUACGCCGAGACUGACGCUUUAUCAGGCACACGAAAAAAGUUUGACCAAUCAUUUUGCUGGGAGCUCACAACACAGCAGCCCAACUGUACUUUGUUGGCUGGGAAGUUGGAGAAGGGGGUAGAGUACAAAUCUAGAUCUGUCCUAUAUAUUUUUUUCCCUUCAUUGAACCGUGCUUUGUAUGAUGUCUGAGAAUGUCCAUUUCUGGGACUCUUAGCAAUUAUUAUGUCGACUCUAUUAUAAGUCACGAAAGUGAAGACUCGCCUUCAGCUAAAUUUUCAUCUGGGCAAUAUACGAGUUCCAGGCAAGCUGGGCACAAUGAGCAUCUAGAAUUCCCCUCCUGUAGUUUUCAGCCAAAACCUCCAGUUUUCAGCGCCUCCUGGACUCCUUUGAAUCCACAUUCUUCUGGUACCCUUCCUGCCGUCUACCAUCCAUAUAUUCAACAUCAAAGCGUCCCAUCUGAUAGCAGGUAUCUACGGAGCUGGCUGGAUCCAGUGCCCAGAGCAGAGAACCUCCCCGGGCAGGGGUCUGUUAAGGCAGAGCCGCUGCUGGGCCGUCCCGGGGAUGUCCAUAAACAGGGAACACAGGAGUACAAUUUAGAAACUUCUGCUGCAAGGGAAGGGAUCGUUUCCAAUCAAAGGCCCAGCUUCGAGGACAAUAAAGUUUGUGAAGGAAGCGAAGACAAAGACAGGACAGAUCAAACCAACCCAGCUGCCAGCUGGCUGCACGCCCGUUCCUCCCGGAAAAAACGAUGCCCUUACACCAAAUACCAGACCCUGGAACUAGAGAAGGAGUUUUUAUUCAAUAUGUACCUGACGAGGGACCGUAGACACGAAGUGGCCAGACUCCUCAACCUGAGUGAGAGACAAGUCAAAAUCUGGUUUCAGAACCGAAGGAUGAAAAUGAAGAAAAUGAACAAGGAACAGGGCAAAGAAUGAAAAAAAAACCCAACAACCCAACACAAACAGAAAAGCAGCAUCCCCCCCCUUUCUCUCCCCCCCAGCUCCCCGCCUCCGAGGCCGCGCACCCCCACUCAGUGCUGCCAAACCCUCCCAAACACGAGGGGAAUCCCCCCUUUCCCAUCUCCACCUCUGCAUGAGAGAUGUUGCUUAUUAUUCCCUUUUUUAUCUGCUUAGUAUUGCCACGUAGGAGGCAACUUAGCCCAAACUGCAGCUCCUUUUUGGGGACACAUGCUGGGUUUUGUUUCUGUUCUCUUGUUUUCCUUCUCUUUUUUUUUUCCCCCCUUCUCUUUUCUUCUCCCCGCAGUGGAACACAGACAGAGCUCCCGUCUGAGCAGCAGCUUUCUCCGCUUGCAUUUUCUCCAUAGAAAGCAAGACGGCAAACACAACCGGCCACAAACAGCCCUGGGCCAAGCCCCCACCAAACCUCGCUGCCUUUCUUUAUCCACGUAAGGACAAUGAUUCCCUAUAACACCCACAACACCCCGGCGCGCACACACAACACACACACACGCACUCUCACACGUUGAGGUGGCCAAGGAACCAGACGAUUUAAUUAAACUACUGCAAGACAGACACAUUCGUAAGACUUGCGUUUAAUUGCACCCAACAAAUCAUUUUCAAUUCGCCAACUUUAUACCGGAGUAGCCGGUUAAUGACAGCCCAACUCCCAACCGCGCUGAGUUUCUUUAUUCCCUCCCCCAUCCCUCUUUAUUUUUUUUCUUUAUUUUGUUUUAUUAUGCGGGAUUUUGAUUUGAGUCGAGCCACGGCAGAUAUGUGACUUUGACCUGAAAGUUUUGUAGGAUCUUUACAGGCAAACCUCCUCAUCUGGUAGUUUUAUACUGGGUUACUUGGAAGAGGAGAAAAGCCGGGGAGGGAGGCGAGAGAGUGUGUGUGGGGCACUCUCAGAGCCGCAUUGUAAAUUAUUUAGGAGAAAAAGGGGCGGAAGAACCCCUGCCAACUCAUUCCUAACUUUUAGAGGAGAGAAAGAAUGGGGUUUUCUAGUUAAAAAACUACCUUAGUAGAGCUAUAAGGGACGGGGAGGUUGUGUUCUUAGUGCUAGCAUAUUUAUAAUUUAUUGUGAAUUGACUUUUCCUAAAGCAGUAGGCUGUUGCAGAGAUAAAGUGCCAACCCUACCCUGUGUGUGUUUCUUCCCCCUCCUGUUCGCUGAGAUGCUUUUAAUACUUGAAUGUCGGUGGGGUUUUUUGGGGUGGGGUUGGUUUGGGGUUCUUUUUUCCGCCUGAAGCAAGCUCCCGGCAUGUUUUCCCUCUGCCACCCGCUCUCCUGCGGGGCCCACCCAGCGCCUCCCGGGGCAGGAGCCCGGUCCCGCGGGUGGCACCUGGGGAUGCGGCGGCUCCAUCCUCAUCCUCACCCCGAAGAAGCAUUUAAAAUAAGAAAUCUAGACCUUGCCGCUCUCCUGUCAUGGAGCCGAUUCCUCAUGUGACAGAUCCGCUGGAGCUUUCUCCAUCCCGCCCGUGCGGGACCGGUUUCCCUUUAUCUCU